AUGGAUUCGGCGGACCAGGUCCACAUCAUACCACACCAUACACACUUCACCGAGACACACCAAACCAUACCAAACCAAAUCACAUCAAACCAAACCAUACCGAACCAGACCAAACCAAACCACACCAUACCGCACUAUACCACACCCCAUCAUACCACACCACACUGCACCAUACCACACCCCACCAUACCACACCACACUAUACCACAUCAUACCAAACCACACCAUACCACACCACACCAUAACUCACCCCACCAUCCACACAAUACCAUACCACACCACACCAUACCACACCACACCAUACCACACCACAACACACCACUCCACACCAAACCACACCACACCACACCAUACCACACCAUACCAAACCACACAGAACCACACCACACCAAACCAUACCACACCACACCACACCAAGCCACACCAUACCACACCACACCACACUAUACCAAACCACACCAUACCACACCACACCAUACCACACCACACAAACACAUCACACCAAACCACACCACACCAAACCACAUCACACCUCACCACACCAUGUCUUGA